UGCAUGAUCAAUUACAUUUGAUUACUGCAGGAUUUCACUGCAAAGACCUGAGACUAGAUUACCGCAGCCAACUAAACAGUCAGCUAACUAUUUCAUUUUCGCCUUACUGGACUACGACAUGUGUUCACUCUCAUCCAUAGCAAAUUUUAUGUUGCUGUUACAGCUUCCAUUUCGUACCACGACAUCGGAGUACUCUAAUGUAAUGAAACCCUGGCAGAUCGGCUCCAUCACUGCGUCGCUCAAGGGACAACACGCCGCAAACUUGACCCACAAUGAGAUAGCUGCCACUCUACGAGCACGAGGCUACAAAGUGAUGGAGUUUAAAGGUGAGCCGCCACUGGUAAUGAUUGCAGACACUGCGUACUUGCCCGAGCAGGUAAUGCCUGAGCUGUCAGACGGCCGAGCCUCUGGUAUCAUCUCAGGCAAGAAGAUAUGGGUAGAUGAAAAAGGCGUGGCUCAGUGCUGGUAUUUUUUUGACACCGAGUCACAAGCCGACAAGAAGAUAUUCAAGGACGCGGUAAAGACGUGGAGUGACAAAAGCUGCAUCAAGUUCAACAAGAUUCCAGACGGCCCAUGCACACAGAAAGUCGGGCACGGCGCCAUCUGCGUAGGAAACUACGGCGGUUGCUUUUCUUUUGUAGGCAACACCUACCAGGAGGGAGGGACACCACAGAAGAUGUCCGUUCAGCCCAAUGCCUGCGAAAUGGUGGCCGCGGCACACGAGUUCGGCCACGCGCUGGGCAACCAGCACCAGCAGAGCCGUCCAGACCGAGACAAAUUCAUGUUCGUCAACAACGAGAACUUUGAGGUGUCGGUGGACAAUAGCAAGCGGGGCGAUGCCUUGUCGCAAACCUGGGCACAGGGUGGCCGCUGCGCCAAAGAUCAGGUGGUCGACCUGCCGGUGCCUUACGACUACAUGUCUCUGAUGCAGUACGCCACGACGGCUUUUGCCGAUGACGAUCUCCGGCCCAUUUUUGUGUCCACCGACGGGCACUACCAGUACAUGCUCGAUUACCACCGCAACGCGGGUAUGGCGCAGUCGCAUUACGACAUGUACGCCCUGAACACGGUGUACGGAUGCGGCAAACUCUGGGCUGCGCAAUGUAAAACUAUCGGAAAACAUGUGCCAAAGUGUAAAAACUUGGGUUACUUGACUAAGGACUGCACGUGCCAAUGCCCGAAGGAAUACAAGGGUGAAACCUGCAACAAGAAAGCAGGGCCUACAUUCCCCCUUCUAUCGAAAGCAAAAGUGAUGAUCGAUGUGAAAGAGUCCCAGAAAAUUGAUCUGGGAACUAAGAAGUUUGUGCCGGACAAGGGUGAUGCAGUAUUGGACGACUUCAAAAAUUUUCAGUUCUUCACGGUGAUAGCUGACGGUGACCCUAAGACGCAAGUGUCAAUAAACAUAAAACAGAGCGCGCACAAGAGCGCGGGCUUUCUUAGUGCACAAAGCGCCGCCUUCCUCUUAAGAGCCUUCGAUCAACAAGAUUGCAAGAUUAAUCUGUUCUGGGGCCUUUCGAAAAAGGGCCAGCUGAGGACCGAGUGCAUAUCAACCGUGGCCAACAACGAACCUGACGGACCCAUGUUUAGCAGCAGGAGCAGCCACCUGGACAUGAUUUACCACAGUAGCAUUGGCUCCAGCCUCACCGACCCCAAGAUCACCAUCGCCUUGAUGCAGCUACAGCUGGACGUCGUCUUUGCCCCCAAGCCUGACAAAGUGCUCGCGGUGAAGAAAGCGCCCAGUGGCGGCAGCGACGGUGGUAACAGCGGCGACGGCAACAACACUGCCCCGGGCGCGUCCAGCAUGACGGGAAAGACUGCCGGCGUCGGUCUGGGAGUGGGUCUGACACUGCUGGUGCUUCUCCUCGCUGCUGGCGGCGUAGCGGCCUACAUAUUCAAGAGGAAGCAGCAGCUGGCAUCGGGUGCAAGCCCGGACACCGCAGCUGGUGGCGAUGGAAACAAAGCUGGCAACGACGCCGACUCUGGCUCCUCCUCCUCCUCCUCCUACCAUACCGACUCCGCCUCCGACCACGCCGACAGUGCCGAAUAGUGGCGGUGAAGGAAGGUCGGCUGACGCCGGCCUCGCAGCCGCGAGAGGCGCCGCUGCACGCUCCGUGAGCCCUGCGCCCGUUGUCCUCCUUGUCCUUCGAGCCGCCAACGACAACGGAUAAUGCGGAGGAAACCCUCUGGUAAUGACAACGCUACUGACGUUGACGAACCGUGGACCAUGGGCGAUGUAGUACACUGCUGUCGCCCGAGCUUUCAUACACCUUCUCCGACCGUUCUGCGCAGUGAGCGUCGCUGGAUUUCAUAAAGUAAUCGCUCAGGCACGUCGUGCAAGCCGUGUACGUCACUUUCGCAGGAAAGAAAAAAAACAAAGGUGA